AUGAUGUAUUGGGACAACUCCGCUUAUGUUCCCCCCAAUAGUGAGGUCCGUAUUGAUUAUGGCAUCGAAGAUCCAGUUGACUUCUCUGAGUUAGCCGCGGCUGACUUGGUUACGGGACCAAUUCAUGAAAACGACAAUUUUCUGAGCGAUACUCUGGCGAAGGCACAAGCAGUGCGCGACGUGCACACGAGCAUUGAUCAGUUGAAGCGAGAUUUCGAGCAGACUGUGUCGACACGACACGGUCUACAAAUGCAGCUCGAUCAAACAUACAACAGCAAUGAUCCCCAGAGAAUCCGCAUCUUGGGCGAUGUACACAAAUCGUAUGCCACGCACCGCACGUCGCUUGUCAGGCGAUGGAGCACAUUGAUACAACAUCAGAAACGACUCACUAUCUCAAUUGAAGAUGCUCUGUCUCGCACCAUUUUCAAGACAGAUCAAACGAAGCAAGAGGGAGACACCGGUGACGGCUUGUUGAGUUUGCUGACGACUAUGAAAUUAUGCUCGGCAAAUCAGGAUGCGUUGAUGGCUCUGCAGCUUGCACAUCGAUUGAAGGAGUUGCCGUGA